AUGGAACAACCACUUACUCCAUAUUGGAAAUGUCUUUGGCGCUGGGUAACAUCACGAAGUCUUACAAGUGAUGAGUUAAAACUGGUACUAGAAGAUAAAAAGAUUAUAAAUUGUUUAAAGCAAGGUUUUGCAUGUUAUAAAUCACCAAAAUCCGAGAGUUUUACAAAACUUCAAGCAAAGCAUACUGAUCAAACUAAACUUCUUAAUGUUGUCCAAAUUCUUCAACAUUAUAUGGACAUUGAUAGCUUUCAAAUAUGGGAUUUAAUAAGUCAUUAUUUAUGUGACAUAUCACAUGGAACAUCUUCAAAUGCUCUAAAGAAUGUUGCCUUUGUUGAUACUCGACCAACAUCAUUGUCACCUAAUGUCUGGAAUUUCUACUAUGCGGAAAGAUUAUUUCUAUUAAAACUUGUGCAGUACAUUGUUGAGUUCAAGUGUGACGUUAAUCAUGCAUAUCAUGAGCAGUUUACAAGGAUUUUUAAUGAAAUAGGGGUUGAUUACUUGAAGACUUCAUUAAUAACCCAAUUUGAGAAGUUGUUAUCAACACCACCACCAGCACGAAAAAUACAAAAUGAUUUUAAUAGUGACACAGUAAGACAAGACUGGGCUAAGUCUAACUUAAGGGAACAGGUUGCUAUCUUACAGACCUUAAUGUUAAUAGCAGACAAACAUGAUAUUUCACAAGAAGAGUUUAUUAGUCUUUUUAAAUUGUUUAGAAAACAUGAUUUUGGCAAGAAUCAGGGUUUCAAUGAUCUUUUGGAUGAUAGACAUAGAGAGAUGACGUUAAGGAUUCUUUAUAUGGAAAUCGGAUUAUUCUUAGUGAUAUGUGAUAGUAAGAAAAUUAAGAAUAUAUCAUCAUGGAUAGAAGGCACUAAGUCCUUAGUUGAGAGUGAAUUCACUAAAUUACAACCUUGCAUGGAACAGAGUCCCAUGCUAAUGACGUGGAUGAUGAUGACUUUACAGAGUACACAACACUUAAAACAAUUCGAAACCCAGUAUCAACACUAUGGUGCGACAGCUCUGCGAAUGAGAGUGUUUGAAUUCUUACAACAAAUGAUUGACAACUCAAUUUUCAAUGACGACUCAGCCUGCACUCAUAUUUUCCGUCACAGAGUGUUCAGCCUGUUAAAUGAAAUCUGCAACAAAUUUGAUGGAGAUGGCACUAUCAGCUGCCAACCAGGCAUUAUUCAUCUAUGUGCCAAUUUAAUCAAAUCCCCCAAAAUAGCUGAAGAGUUCUGGUUGCUCUUGGAAAAAGAAGAUAAUUUCGGUGUAAUCUCGCUAUGGAAUACUGCAUUAGAAUAUUUUCCUCAUAACUUUGAUGCCCUGUCUAUUUUAUCUGCUGGACUAGCUCAAGCAGGGAAGAAGAGUGUAAGAAAUUUGCUGGCUGAACUUAAAAAUCUGCCAGUGUUUACAGAGCUAUACAAUCCACAAAUGGUACCUAUAACAUCACUGCAAGGGGAGGAUGCAAUUCUUGGUAGAGACUAUUACCCAUUUGGGGACCCUUCAUAUCGGAUCGACGCUGGUUCUAGAGCCACUAUUGUAGAAGGAAAGCAUGGUACCAUGAUACAUUUCCGCACACCGUACUCCUAUUGGACAGUGUUUAACAGCGAAAUAGAGAAAGCAUUGGAUAGGAAACAGCGGCACCAAGAUAUCAAUACGACCCUCAACAGAGUGUAUGAAGGGACGAAAGUCUUGAAGGGAAUUUUGUUGGCAUUAGUUGGUGACAAGGAGAUUCCUAAGAGUCUAGUGGCGCCCAGUGAAGGGGUGUUUGACGUGCUGGUCAGGUUUAUGAGAGCAGAAAGUCCACCUUUGCAAUUACUAGUUGAGUGUCUUAAAGUGUGUACUGCACUGAUACCAUUGUUUUCUCGUGAAAUUCAUUUGAGAUUGAUAAACACUGGUCUUCUACCCCGAGUGACGAAGCGCCAAUUGUCUCAUGCGGAGUACGCAACUGGAGCUUCGCUGGAGUCCGGAGCUGUUGGGGCCUAUUUAGUCACAAUCGAGCAACCGAGUGGAAGUUACGGCUUCCUCAGUGCUUAUAUAGAUAUGCUCUGUGCUUUCCAAAAGGAGUCGGUAGACGAGCGAAUAGUAACGGAAAUUCUUCUGCCAGGCCUCGUACUACUACUAAGAGAAGUCUUUCCAAACGUCUAUGGGUGGCGGUACCGAACGGUUACAGAGAGGCGUUCUCUUAUAGAGAAGUGCUCAAUGUUUUUCACCUCGGUGCUGCAUCAGAUCGAUAAAACGCCUAGUGCCGUCACUCUACGGAAGACGUGUGUGUACGGACUGCUCAAUACUGAAAACGCUCUGGAGUUACUGAAAAUUGUUUCUAUAGGUAACGAAUCCCUGGAACGUCUUAUCCACGAAGACACCAACUGGGUUUCUGGCUCUGCUUAUCAAUAUACAUUCACACUGCAACGAUGCAUCGCUAUCAUCAUUUUCGCACUUCGGGAUAAGGCUCUAGUUGGGGAAGCAACUGUAAGCCCUUUGGAGCAACUAAUCUUUGCGCAGAACAAGCAGGUGGACAGUUUGAAGGUGGUUCCAAAUAUAACUGGAUACAUUAACCAUGCGUUCAAUAGCAGUUUGGCUACGCUCAGCUGUCGAUUACUGAAGAAGUUUGCUAAUGGCUUCCAAAUGUCUCUCUUCGCGUUAUUGGACAUGACAGCCCAUCAAGUGCGCGUCAUAUUCCUAGAUAGGUUGCGCGAUGAAUACGAAACCAUUGAACUCAAAGUGGCAGUAUUGGAGUUCGUCGAAACCUGUAUCGACAAACAGCCCGGUCUCACAGAGGCUUUCUUCAUGAUGAACCACGAAAAGGCAAAGGCAGAUCAAAAAGAGAAGGAGAAGGAGACAGAAAGCUCGGAAACGGAUGUUACCUUUGAGGGAAUAUUGGGAUACAUGGCGGACUAUUUAGGAACCAUUAAAUCGGAUCCGAAAUUAUUACACAGUCCAAUUCUCGGAUGCGUAAUGGCUCUUUUCCACGCCCUCUGGAAGAACAAUAUGCAAAUUCUAGUCAAGAAACUGCGUGAACAUCCAAAAUUCUGGGAGCACAUUACGAGCCCAUUAUUUUGCAACAUCGUCCCCGGUCUAAGAACUUACAGUCAAAUAUUCAAUGUUCUCGGCAUCGAACUAUUUGUCUCCCGUGAGAAACUUGAACCGAGCUUCAAGGAAGUGCUCGAAUCGUUUUUCGAUACUAACAAAAAGCACCUGGACAACUGGAUCGAGUUCAUAUUUUCCUUCAAGGGCCGCGGUUCAGAGGAGGAAUCGACAGAUAAAGUUCCUAUUUGGCUGGGAUUAUUGACUUCAUGGAAGGAUUUCACCACUAUCCUCUGCAAGUGCCUUCCGUUUAGCUUGAACAUAGCUCACAAAGUCAAAAUGGUCGCGCCAUGUAUGAAAGCACUUUUGAACGAGCUGGACGAUCUUAAGGACGGUCGUUUGACUGUCAUUCUUGCAGAACUCUACGUGAUCACGCUGGCCAAUUGGAAAGCCGAUUGUUUCGACAACCGAAAAGCAAGUGCCAAGCAAAUAGAUAGCUUACUAUCAAACGUUGCCACAUUUUACGAAAAUUUACAUCCCAGAGCGAUCAGAUCCGUGCUAUCUAUCGGGACAGUAGCGAUAAGCACUCUAGACUACGAAAUCAAAGCUAACAGCAUUUUAGCUCAAAGCAUCAUAAGGUCCGUCACGAACAUUAAUAGUUUGGAGCUUCAAAAACUCUUUGAUAAUAUAAAGGACGAAGUUAAAGUCACGGAAAGCGGGGGCGAAGUGCCACCUAUAGUGCUAUCUUUGGCGAUGCUCGAACAGUGCUUGGAGUUAUACGAUGACGUCUUCUCUGGCUUGUCACAGUGGUUUCAAUCGACGAAGUUCAUAAAUAAGCUACUGUGCUGCUUGCAAAUCACGUUGCAGAAUAAACACCACCGACACACCUCUUUGGCUGCGCUAAGGUGUUUGACCGCGUACGCCAGAGGACCCUUUUCGAAAGACUUGCUAUUGAGUGAUGUCGACCAGUUCUUAUGGCUGCAGUUGCUGCCGCCUAAAAUUGAAAUGAACAGCAACGGAAAGAAAACCGUAUGGACUCCGCAAGAGUGGUGGAAGGUGUAUGGGUAUAGCUUGGAUUUCAUAUCGAUGAUGGUGAUGAAGCAUGGACAGUUUUUUGCUGGAGACGCGAUAACGUUUGUGGGCGUGCACUUGGAGCACUUGGUUGAAGCCAUUCUUCUCCCUCGACAGAUGUACACGACAGAAGCGUUGAAUUUGUGCGCAUCGACGCUGAAUCUUGUUGUUCAGUUGGUUAAAUUUGAGGAGAGAUGGCGGCUUUUGAAUUUGAACUCGCUUAUACACAUAAUGCGGAGUAUCAGUGCUUGCGUGUACCAAUGUGUAAUGUUAAUGUUGCGUUCACGACGGUCAUCUGACGCGGGCCUUCACGGUACUGAUGAUAGUACUCAACCCUCGGCUGCUGCUUUGCACAGGGUGCUUGAAAUUUUGCACAUGGCCACUCUCUGCUUACUGUCAUUCAGUCCAGACCUUCUCUCUUUACUCGCGGAUCCAGCUCUUGACUUGGAGCGCUGGCAACCUCUCGUGGAGUUGCAUUUUGGUGCACCCAAGAUCACAUACGAACAUUUCCCUCAACUCACAUUUGGGACAAUUCUUUCUGUGAUUUGCUUGCUCACGCGUUCAUUGAAUCAUACCUACCACAACGAGGAUGGGAGCGGUUCGCGGUCGCCGCGUGCGGGGGCUGGAGUUGGGCGGCGUCGCGCUUGUUCCUGUUCGCACAGCAGCCCCGGUGAGACACGCCGACUUAACCGAAGCGAGUCCGUCGCCAGUGUGUCCUCUGCUGCCAGUGCACUGCCAGCUACUGACGAGCGGUUGCUGGCCGGGGCGUUGCAAGCCACAUUGACAUUGCUUGCCUCUCAGGCCCUAUUAGCAGUCCGAGAUCCAAGUGUACCCACACGUCACAAACAACUUGUUAGAAGGGAAUUAGCGUCUGAGUUGACUGUCUAUCAUGACUUCGUGCGGAAAAGAAUUCUAUGCGCAGCACACGCACGGCCUCAUCUAGUACGAAACAAGCUCGGGGCUUGGCCAUUAGCGGCUGAUGAAGGAGAAACUAAGAGAAUUGAAGAAGCAAGGCACGAGAUACAUCCGCCACCAGAAGAUGAUACGACGUUGCCGCCCCCGCCACCAGCAAAACGGGCUUCCCAAGACUCUAUGAGAGAGUUUGUCCUCCGCAAACAUUUUCUGGAUAAAUGUGCUCAAACUCCAAUCAAAGAACCACCCUCUCCCGUAUCACACUCUACGCCAGCUCUGGACAAAAAGAGGGACAGUUCUAGAAGUCUGAAGCGUGUCUCGUGGGCUGAAACUACAAGAGACAGUGAUGAGAGUCUUGACACGUCGUUGCAAGAAAUUGAGCCCGCUUACUCUAAUCUAACGGAUGUGCAGAUCAAUAAUGAUGAAGAUUAUUUCCAUUUUAUAAGGGCAGAAAACAUGGCUCCAACUGCUGCUGCUGUUAGACCUCAACCUGAUGAAGACCCAACCGGCAUCAGAGCUGUUUUAUUAGGACCUCCAGGAUCAGGCAAGGGAACUCAGGCACCACGUCUGAAAGAAAAAUAUUGUGUAUGCCACUUAUCUACUGGGGACAUGCUGCGAGCAGAGGUUGGAUCUGGUUCAGAGUUAGGCCGUCGGCUGAAGAAAGUCAUGGAUGAGGGUAAACUCGUAUCUGACGACAUGGUUGUUGACAUGAUUGACAAAAACCUAGACAAGCCUGAAUGUAAAAAUGGAUUUUUGCUGGAUGGUUUCCCUAGAAGUGUACCACAAGCUGAAAAGCUUGAUGAUUUGCUAGCAAAGAGGAAAACAGCAUUAGAUGCUGUUAUUGAGUUUGGAAUUGAAGAUAGCUUACUGGUGCGGAGAAUAACAGGAAGAUUAAUUCAUACAUCAAGUGGUCGGAGUUAUCAUGAGGAAUUCCACCCUCCUAGGAAACCGAUGACAGAUGAUGUUACCGGAGACCCUCUGAUACGACGGUCGGAUGACAAUGUUGAUGCUCUCAAAAAGCGUUUAGCUACAUAUCAUCAACAAACGGUUCCUUUAGUAGACUACUACAUGAGGCAAGGUCUGCACUACAGAGUGGACGCCUCAAAGUCAGCGGAUGAUGUCUUUAGUAAAAUAGAUAACAUCUUUAAAAGCCGUAUUUUCAGCAGAGGCAAAUCUGCAUUAUAA